GUGGAGGAAGAGGUGGCGGCGGUGGCGGUGGUCGUAGCGGUGGCGGAGGAGGCGGGUACGAAUCAGCUGCGGGCGGAGACAUGGCCAACAUCGCGGUGCAGCGAAUCAAGCGGGAGUUCAAGGAGGUGCUGAAGAGCGAGGAGACGAGCAAAAAUCAAAUUAAAGUAGAUCUUGUAGAUGAGAAUUUUACAGAAUUAAGAGGAGAAAUAGCAGGACCUCCAGACACACCAUAUGAAGGAGGAAGAUAUCAACUAGAGAUAAAAAUACCAGAAACAUACCCAUUUAAUCCCCCUAAGGUCCGGUUUAUCACUAAAAUAUGGCAUCCUAAUAUUAGUUCCGUCACAGGGGCUAUUUGUUUGGAUAUCCUGAAAGAUCAAUGGGCAGCAGCAAUGACUCUCCGCACAGUAUUGUUGUCAUUGCAAGCACUAUUGGCAGCUGCAGAACCAGAUGACCCACAAGAUGCAGUAGUAGCAAAUCAGUACAAACAAAAUCCUGAAAUGUUCAAACAGACAGCUCGGCUGUGGGCGCAUGUGUAUGCUGGAGCACCAGUGUCUAGUCCAGAAUACACCAAAAAAAUAGAAAACCUAUGUGCUAUGGGCUUUGAUAGGAACGCGGUAAUUGUGGCCUUGUCUUCAAAAUCAUGGGAUGUAGAGACGGCAACGGAGCUGCUCCUGAGUAACUGAGGCCUGGCGAGCUGCAGCCCAGUCAGGCGGCCUCCUCUCCGGGAGCUCCGGCAUCGCUAUUUUUAGGAUUCUGCAUAGAUUUCUUUUAAACUGGCAUUCUUGCCUAAUGAUGUUAUCUAGGCACCAUUGGAGACUGAAAAAAAAAUCCCUGCUCUGUAAAUAAAGCUGAUUAAACGUCUGUGUAAAUUUAAAAAA